UCAGACGUACUUCCAUUGUAAUAAAACAUAGGUGAAAUUCAACAGGCUCUCACUUUCGCAAUAAUGAUGCUAUCGAGAUCAUUCAAAAAGCACUUUAAAGCUUGAAAUCUCUAGUUUUUAAAUACAUUAGUUGAGUUUUUAGAGCAAAAAAUUAUUGAGUCGAAUAUAAUAUAUUCUGAUGUCAAUCUCGUAGACACAAGCCCUUUUUCCAGAUUUAUAAUAGAUGUAGUAAAUUUUAAAAGACUUUUUCAAGAUAGCGUCAAGCGUCACGAAUCAACCAAUCAGCAGACAAUCCAUUGCACAGCAAUGCACAGCAAUUGAUACACAGUUUCCGAUAGGUUGAAUAUUUAUCGCUUGUGUUAUUCUUUCUAUUUCAUGUGGUUUUCCAUUGUGCAAAGGGUUUAAAGCUCGCGAACAAAGGAUUUGUUGCACGUGACCGCUGAAACCUACAUUUUGCAUAAAUUUCCCACAGAGAAAUUUAGUACACGUAUCGCGAUGUAUGUAAACAAUAUAUGAUUGUCCUUAUAUAUAUUCGUUUUUAACUUAUAAAAAAUAUGCGAAUUGUGUUUGAAAACGAAUAGUAUAUUUAAACAUUGGUACUAUGAUGAAUACUAAGAUGGAUGCAUCAACUGCGCAAGUCUUCUUGGAACUUAAAUCGUGCUGUGACCAUCUGAUGAGAGAUCCAAAGAAAGACAAUAUAUAUAAAUUUGUGGAAAUAAUAACAAACAACGGCAACAUAGCCAUGCAAUAUCUGUUGGAGUAUUGCUUACGUUCUACUAUUAUUUCUUUACAAGUCGUAGACUUGAGUAAGGAUAAAAAAGAAGAAUUGCUUAGAAUUCUGAGGCUUGUAUUACAAAACAAUAAAAUCAAAAAAUUAACAGAUUUUAUUCGUAUUUAUUCAACUGUUCUAGUCCAGAUUUAUGAUAAAAGCCAGAUAAACAAAGUGAUAACAUUCCAUGAAGAACUUAAGGAACUAGUAGUUUUGUGUAUUAAAGACAUUAUCCACCAAAGCUUUAUUGAAGUAAUAGAGUUGCUUUAUAAUAAAGAAAAUAGAGUAACACUUGGUCAAGGAAUAUUACUAUGUUUGACCAUUGCAAAAACUGAGAAAUCACCCAUUGUGAGACUAGCAGCAAUAGAUGCAAUAAUGGCUCUGUGUUAUGUACAUGAUGAAGUAGAUAGAUCUGAUAUUGUUUUACAAGAGCAAGUAGCAGAUACUGUUAUGAUAUUUUUACCUGGUAUUAUUGGUGGGUUGCAAGAGAUAAUAAUAGAAGGAGAAAUUCAGAAUCACAAAGUUGCGAUGAUGGCAGUUCGAGCAUGGGGAAGAAUCAUAUCUCUUAUAAUGCAUGAUAAAGAAGAGACUGUAUUAUCUGUAGAAACACUCAUGAAAGCAGAUACCUGUUACAAUACUUGUUUGUUAAAUACUUCAGCGCGUACUAAAACAUUUGAUAAAGAGAAUUAUCUGAAACAAGAUGUAAGAAAUCAGCACUGGUUUGAAGCCGCAGCUAGUAAACUUGGCAGUAGCGUGCAACUUUUGGAAAAAGUCAGAAGUCAUUCCCAUUACAAAGUCAGACUAGAGUUGGUUGAAAGUAUUAACCUUGUACUUCAAAAUUGCUUCAGAAAUAUGAAACCAAAUAUUAUGGCGUUAAUAGAUCACUUGAUUUCCUUAUCUGAAGAUGAAAUUGUGGAUGUUGGUGCAAAAGCACAAAGUGUGUUGACUAUUAUAAGCGAAAACUUCAUGAGGAGGCACAAUAUGAAUCUAACGAAUUUACUUGAAGAAAAAUUUUAUAGUUUACUUACAAGAUUGCCUACAAUUGUUAGAUGGUCAAACGAUGACGAACAAUUAGCAUCCUUGAAUCAAUUCGCUGGUUAUUUAAAGCUACUCGGAGAACAGAAUUUACCGCAUACAAUGAGCUCCCAAGUUCACACACGAAAAUUACUUUUAGCUCUUGUAUACAUCAUGGAGAUAGAUUGCAACGCAAUAUCUCUUUUACAGACGACAAAUGUGAGAGAUUUAGAUGACCCUGCAUACUUCUAUGGGUCGGAUUCGUGGAAACAGUUUAAGUUCAUCAAGAAUAGCUUGUGUAAACAGAAAAUUGUUGGAAUAUGCAAGUUACUUGGAUAUCUGGGAGACUUGAAUAUAUUAGUCGACGCUAUCCUCGAGCUUAUGUCGGAUGUACCAUUAUACAGAAAGGAACUGAGUUUGUUACUUAACUGGAUAGUUCCUGUACAAAAUUCGUCUGCCUCACAUUUAUAUAAGGAAAUUGUGCAUUUUUACACUUCAGAGGAAGUGUGGUAUUUGCCGAUAGAAGUGACAGAAGCUACUUCUCUGAUGCAAGCACAGAGUAACAUAGUGCAGUGUUGCCUUUUAAUGGAAGGACUCGGCUGUAUAGCAAAAAAUCUGAAACGUGACUACGACAUACAUCUUUUAAAAACCUUGUAUUUAAUUAUGGAAAGAGCAGGCAACGGGAACAGUUUAAUAAGUUACAUUGGAGUUCGUACUCUUGAAAUUAUCGCAAAAGCGCAGCAACACAAUACAAUCGGUGAUCUGUUAUGCGCUAAUGUGGAUUACUUUUCCUUUCACAUUAUAAUGAAAUUGCGCCAGGUGGAUCUUAAUACCGGAGUACUCGACGUCGUCGAAGUUGUUAUGAAGUACAGCGAAUUAAAUUUUUUGCCAUACCUACGUGGAAUUGUGGAAAAUGCCCUCGGGCAAUUAAGUAACUCGUCUCAUCAAAAGAAUACUUACGGUUUUUUAAGGGUAUUUUAUGCGUUUAUCACGUGCAUGCAAACCUUACUGAAAUGCGAGGAUACGCAGAUAACAAAAGAAGACGUACAAAUUACAAGUAAUUUUUCCGAGAUGAUUAUUCAUUCUUUGCUCGAAUAUUACAAGGCUAAACAGAUUGAUAAGAAACUAAAGGACGAUGAGAGGACCGAAGAGACAGAAUUGGACUCAGAUCUGCCAAAUAUCGAGUCAUCGGAAGAGGCAAACGGACGUUACACUAACUCUUAUGCGGAAGACAAGCAAGAAGACAAAGAAUUGCCCCUCCAUGUGCAAAUAGUAGUAAAGAUCAUGAAAUGUUGUUUAAACUUUCUACCUUCGUAUGAUGUACAAACAUCAUUAAUGGCGAUGCAAACGCUUCAAGCUGGUUUAAUGAUAUUGGCUGAGUGGGAAAAUGAGCUAUUGCCUAUUGUGCAUCAAAUGUGGCACCCACUGAUUGAUAGGUUUAACAAUAAAAAUGUUAUCGUAAUCACUCGUGCUUGGCAACUCUUGUAUGUACUGGCCAGCGUAUCGAAUGACUUCAUCAGAAGCAGAACUUUACGAGACGUGCUGCCACCCGUGUCUAAAUUCUUGAUCGAGUCUUCCAAGGAAAGUAUUGAUAAAGGAUCUAAAAAUAUCUACAAAUUUACGCAAACCUACAAAUUGCAGUACGAAUUGUUGCACACGUUGGGAGUAGUUGCACGGCUUUUGAAACUACGGGAGCAAGAAUUGUGGAGGAUAUUAAGCGAUACGCAAUUUUAUCUUAGUGCGCGUCAAAACCCUGCAUUACAAGCAUGUUGUGUGCAAUUAUACAAAGAAAUUGCUGAUUAUAAUGGAGAUGUCGUGUGGGUGAAAUGCCUCGGUAUUUGGAAUUCAAACGUUGAGAAAAUAGUAUCGGAUGUGACGUUUGAUAUCAAGGAUAUAUUGAAUCCCAAAAACGUUGCAACGUCAAAUGAAUAUUACAAAAACGUACAAGAAAUUAUUAUUUAUAUCCAAGGAAAAACGUUUAGUAUAUGUUAAAAAAUACAUGCUGAUAUAUUUAAAGGAAAUUAUACGCGGCAAUGACGCCUUAAGGCUUUUGGUCCCUCGCUACGACUGUCCUUGUUUAAUGACAUCAAAAGGAAGAAAACGCAUGUUAAGAAUUCUUGCAUUUUGCGUACAAAUAAAAAGAUAUAUUCACAAAUAUCAUUUUGUGUAUAUCUUUUUAUUUGUACGCAAAACGCAAGAAUUCUUGACAUGCGUUUUCUCGCUUCUGACGUCAUUAAACAAGAACAAUUGCAGUGACUAUCCAGGAGCCUUAAAUUGGUACAAGCAUAUAGUGUAAAUAUUAUCUUCAAGUCUCCUUCCUUUUCUUUUAAACAACAAUUUGAAACUGUUUAAUUACGCGUUCUUAUUCUGCAUUAAAUAAUCAAAGUGAUAUAAAAUUAAUUCAUAUAUACAUAUAUAUUAAUUUAAAUGUGUGUGCACAUAAUUGAUAUGUA